UCUAUCAAAUAUAAUAUAUAUAUAUAUAUAAUAUAAUAAUCGCUGAAAUCUUAAGUACAUAUAGCGCGUUAGUAGUUCCGUUAAAGAAAUAUCAGCAACGAGAUGAGUUUUUUUGGUAAAAUGUUUGGGGGCAAGAAGGAACAGGCCCCAAGUACGGGUGAAGCUAUACAAAAACUCCGAGAAACAGAAAAUAUGUUAAUUAAGAAGCAGGAAUUUCUCGAAUCUAAAAUUGAGGAGGAAUUGAACAUAGCACGUAAAAAUGCUUCGAAAAAUAAAAGAGUGGCUUUGCAAGCUUUAAAGAAAAAAAAACGCUUAGAAAAGCAAUUGCAACAAAUCGAUGGCACUUUGUCAACAAUUGAAAUGCAACGAGAAGCAUUGGAAAGUGCUAACACGAAUACCGCCGUCUUGACAACUAUGAAAAAUGCUGCCGAUGCUUUGAAGGCUGCCCAUCAAAAUAUGGACGUGGACAAAGUGCACGACAUGAUGGACGAUAUAGCCGAACAGCAGGACGUAGCACGAGAAAUUUCUGAAGCCAUUUCAAAUCCUGUAGCGUUUGGUGCUGACAUAGAUGACGAAGACUUGGAACGUGAAUUAGAUGAAUUAGAGCAAGAGAACUUUGAUAAAGAAAUCAUUGGAAUACCCGAACCAGCCGCGACGUUACCAGAAGUACCCGCGGAUGAGUUACCCGAAAAAGCCAAAGAAAAGAAGAAAGCGACUAACCCUUCAAAUGCAACCGCCGCUGCAGCUACAGGUGGAGAUGAUAUGGAUGAUCCUGCUAUGAAAGAGCUGCUAUCUUGGGCUGAAUAAAUCGCUUUAAGUGGGUAACAAUAAUACAGUACGGUUUAUUCCGCAGCAGGGCUUUUUAUAAGAAAAUUCUUUGGCAUUGCUCCGUUUUAUUUUUCUAUAAAAUCUAAUGGCAACGGCAACAAAUAAGAAAAAAAUAUGUAAUAAACUUGGUAAUAAUAAUAUAAACAAACAAACGGUAUCUUUGCGCAAAGCUUAAAAACGUGAAUGUUGGAAAGAAUUGUUUCGCUUUUUUAACCCAAGUAAUCUCACUUCCGACUUUUUUCACACUUUCAUAUGAUCAUGUAUUUAAAUAAUUGAAAAAACAAAACACUUUUUAUAUU